CAUAAUAUACUUAGUUGCAAAAAAAAAAGAUCCUGAGUUCAUUACAAUCAUUGUUGUUUUCAGAAAAAAAAUGGCAACAAAACUUAGCACCAUUGUUUUCUCCAUUGUUGUGUUACAUCUUCUUCUGUCUGCCCAUGUGCAUCCUAUACGCUUGGAAUCUCCUGCUCCACAACCACAACCACAACCACAACCACCACAGUCGCAACCAUCGCAUCACAAUAGCUCUCAAUACGGCACUACUGAAGGCAGUCUUCAACCCCAAGAGUGUGGGCCAAGGUGUGGAGAUAGAUGCUCGAAUACACAAUACAAGAAGCCAUGUUUAUUCUUCUGCAACAAAUGUUGUACCAAGUGCUUGUGUGUACCUCCAGGUACUUAUGGUAACAAGCAAGUAUGUCCUUGCUACAACAACUGGAAGACUCAGACCGGUGGACCAAAAUGCCCUUAAUAUCUCCUCUUAAUUACUCUGGCACAACCUCCAUGUACUUUGUUAAUCUACCAUUAUAAUUUAUAUAUGUAUUGGACUCUUGCAUAAUCACAUCACUUCUCUGUGAUUAUGCCAAGAAUCAUUUUAGAAGUUUACAGCUUUCAAAUACAUUUACUAGCCGUGAAUCAACUACUUAAGAAUUAAGCUGUUUUUAACUUCA